CAUAUAUAUAUAUAACUCGUUGACACAUACACAGAGAGACAACCAAGCACAAAUUUAUACUUGCCACGCGGGCGCGCCUAGCUAGGAGUAUAUAUAAUGAUUGCGACGCUGGAGAGUCCCCUGCUGCUCGGCCAGCAGGGGGACGGUGGCGCCGGGGUGCAGGAGGCUGGGCUGGGGAGCAAGCUGAGGCCGGCAAUCAGAGGAUUUGUGACGGAGCUUGGGAGCGAGUCGAAGAGGCUGUGGCGCAUCGCCGGGCCCGCCAUAUUCACGGCAAUAUGCCAGUACUCGCUCGGGGCUCUCACGCAGACCUUCGCUGGCCAGGUCGGGGAGCUUGCGCUCGCCGCCGUCUCCAUUGAGAAUUCAGUCAUCGCUGGGCUGGCCUUCGGUGUCAUGUUGGGGAUGGGGAGUGCACUAGAGACAUUGUGCGGACAAGCGUUCGGAGCGGGCCAGAUCAGGAUGCUCGGGAUAUAUAUGCAGAGAUCAUGGGUCAUCUUGGUGACAACCGCCUGCAUUUUGCUUCCAAUCUAUAUCUGGUCUCCUCCCAUUCUUGAACUCUUCGGAGAGACAACUGAGAUCUCCGAAGCUGCCGGUACGUUCGCGCUAUGGAUGAUCCCACAGCUAUUCGCGUAUGCAUUGAAUUUCCCGAUACAGAAGUUCCUCCAGGCCCAAAGGAAACUCAUGGUCAUGGCCUGGGUCUCAUUCGUAGUGCUCAUCAUACACGCAGUCUUGAGCUGGGCCCUGAUGCUCAAGCUCGGGUGGGGCCUAGUUGGGGCUGCCAUCAUGCUCAAUACGUCGUGGUGGCUCAUCGUCCUGGGGCAACUCCUCUACAUCUUCAUCACUACAUCUGAUGGAGCCUGGAGUGGGUUCUCGUGGCUUGCCUUUGCAGAUCUUUGGGCAUUCGUCAAGCUCUCUCUUGCUUCCGCCGUGAUGUUGUGCUUGGAGUUUUGGUACUUGAUGGUCUUGAUCGUCAUAACAGGACAUCUACCAAAUCCUCUAAUACCAGUAGAUGCCAUCUCCAUUUGCAUGAACAUAAACGGAUGGGACGCGAUGAUUGCCAUAGGGUUCAAUGCCGCAAUCAGCGUUCGAGUAUCGAAUGAGCUCGGAGCAGGCAAUGCUGGGGCUGCAAAAUUUGCAGUCCUCGUGGUCUCAGUCACCUCCGUGGCCAUAGGAGUGGCAGUCAUGAUCCUGGUGUUUGCAACGCGGGAUUAUUUCCCUUACCUCUUCACCAGCAGCUCUGCUGUUGCUGCAGAAACUACCAAGCUCGCAAUUCUGCUGGGAUUCACCGUCCUCCUAAAUAGUCUCCAGCCUGUCCUUUCUGGUGUUGCGGUUGGAGCGGGAUGGCAGUGGCUUGUUGCAUAUAUCAACAUUGGGUGUUACUAUGUUGUCGGGCUGCCCGCUGGCAUACUCCUUGGAUUUACUGCUGGCUUCGGAGUUAUGGGCAUAUGGUCAGGGAUGAUAGGAGGCAUCUGUUUGCAGACCUUAAUCCUGAUUAUUGUCACUUCCAUGACAAACUGGAACAAAGAGGCUGAGCAAGCAGAGAGCCGUGUUAAGAGAUGGGGAGGAGCGAUUGCGCAACAGCAGCAAUGAUCUGUUCCUGAAGUAACCGGAUAAUUGUUAACCAAAUAACAUGCCAUAUAAUUCAUCGGUCGAUCAUCCUAACGGUGAUGUAAGUGGUCAAUAUUCACUCAAGUCCAGCACAGCAACUUCCACCAGGAUGGCUUGGUCGAGCGAGAUGGUUGAAAGAGUGAGCGAUACGACUAGUUCCAUUUUGUUGUAACUUUUACGCAUUUCAAUUUUGUCAUAUGAUUCGAGUAUGCAGUGGAUCAAUUAAUGUCAGAGUAUUGAUGGUGCUCACGCAGCGAGCACAAUCGGGAUGUUCAGUUACAGCAACUGUUGGGUUAACUGAGAACUCGAUUUUUCCACCAAAGAUUAUUGAGAGAGAGUUGAUCUAA